AUGGUUUGGAGAAACCAGACCUUCGAUUUUGACUUCAUCCUGUUAGGAAUCUUCGAUCACAGCCCCACCCACAUCUUCCUCUUCUCUCUGGUCUUGGGCAUCUUCUCAGUGGCUUUCGUGGGAAAUACUGCCAUGGUUCUCCUCAUCCACCUGGACACCCAGCUCCACACCCCCAUGUACUUCCUGCUCAGCCAGCUCUCCCUCAUGGACCUGAUGCUCAUCUCUACCACUGUCCCCAAGAUGGCCUUCAACUACCUGUCUGGCAGGAAACUCAUCUCUCUAGCAGGUUGUGGAACUCAGAUCUUUUUCUACGUUUCCCUGCUUGGAGCUGAAUGUUUCCUGUUGGCUGUCAUGGCCUAUGACCGCUAUGUGGCUAUAUGCCACCCUCUUCGAUACACUAUUCUAAUGAAUCCGAAACUCUGUGUCCUCAUGACCGUUUCUUCCUGGGUCUUGGGCUCUCUUGAUGGCAUCAUUGUGCUCGCAGCCACCCUCUCAUUCUCAUACUGCGGCUCCCUGGAGAUCCAUCACUUUUUCUGUGAUGUUGCUGCUCUGUUACCGCUGUCUUGUACAGACACCUCUACUUUCGAAAGACUGCUUUUCAUCUGCUGUGUGGUGAUGCUAGUCUUUCCGGUGUCUGUGAUCGUCGGUUCCUAUUCACGAGUCCUUGGAGCUGUCAUCGGCAUGGGCUCUGAGGAACGUCGCCGCAGAGCCUUCACCACCUGCUCCUCCCAUCUGUCUGUGGUUGGACUCUAUUAUGGUGCUGCCAUGUUUAUGUACAUGAGACCAGCUUCCAACCACACACCAACCCAGGAUAAGAUGGUCUCAGCCUUUUACACAAUCCUCACUCCCAUGCUAAACCCUCUUAUCUACAGUCUUCGCAACAAAGAGGUAGCCAGGGGAUUUCAGAAACUGCUGAAGAAAAGAAAAUUAAUAUAACUUCAUCCAACAUCUUUGAGCGUCCACUCUGGUCAACACUCCUUCCAGGGA